AGAGACUCUAAGUUUUUAGAAUGAUCAAGUCGUCGCCGAGGAACAGUGACACGAAUAAGAUGCCACAACUAUGUAUGUCGCUGAUAAUAUAUCAGAAUAUUUCAACUUGUUCUCAAUACACUAUAUAGUACUUUUACGACUGACGUUACGAUGAUGUCGAACAUCAUUGUAUCGCUUCCACCAUUUCGUACCCAAUACGUCAGUCACUCCCUUGUGCAUACGCUCCAAAAAUGCGAGAUUUGCCCAAAAACUUCGUUGCGGAGUCUGCGCAGACUUCGGUCAUUUCCAACAUAUUUACGUUCCUUAGCUAAACUUCAAAAAGAAAAACAACCAUCUCAACGACGCGAGACCUCAUUUGUUUCUUCGUCUGAUUCUCAAUGCUAGUGUUGGCAAUCUUCGUCUUCGCCUUCGUUUCUACGGUUCUUCCCUUCACCGCUGGUCGUGUGCAUGGUCUCCAGCGUGAACGUCAUGAAGAAUUAGCGCAGCGGGCGCGGGGAGACGUUGGCAUCCACAAACGCGCUUUCUAUGGCGCGCGUUUUACCUUUUAUGACGUUGGCUUGGGCGCUUGUGGGCAAUACAACUCUCCGGACGAUUUCAUCGUUGCUCUCAACGUCGCCCAAUUUGGCAUUGGUUAUCCGGGUCCGAAUUGCUUCCAGACUAUCACCAUCACCUAUGGGGGCAACACUGCACAGGCCACCAUCAUGGACAAAUGCAUGGGAUGCCCGUGGGGUGGGCUUGACUUCUCUCGUGGUCUUUUCAAUCACUUCGCUUCCGAAGAUGUUGGCGUCGUUUACGGAUCAUGGUCGUUUGAUGAUGGCCCCAGUGAGCCUACAUCAUCCUAUUAGGUCUCCUGUAGUAGACCAAAAGGACUUCGGAAGAUAGUUCGUCCCUUCUUUAUUAUGACAACAUCCUAGUCUCUCCUAGUCAGACAAUUAGAAGGAAGAGAGUUGUUCCAUCUUA